GCAAGCACAGGGGAGGGGUCAGGCCGAGCCCACCACGCUGCCCCGCCCAGGGCUCCGCCGCUGCCGCUCUGGGCCCCACACUUAGCAAAGCUGCCCGCUCCGCUCCUCGCCACCCGACAGCCUGCUGGGGGCCAAGGACAAGUUCUCAUCAUGUUACCAGGCUGGCCUUGACCCAGGCCCCAGGGAGCCUCAGCCUCCAGGAACUGCAGUGAUGGAUGGGUAAGUCCAAGACUGGGCCCAGGGACUGUCUAAACGCAAGGGAUAUAUUCACGGUAAACCUACAAAACCCGAGCUCUGAUGCCACACCCAUGUACAUACACUAAGACCAAAUCAGGCCGCUGCUUGGCCCUUCCCUAAGGUGGGCAGACAGUGUCAGGUUCUCCCAGGUACACGGGCAGCCAGCUCACAUCCUCUUUGAACAAAGGGGACUCCAGCAGACCUCUGCUGGGGGGUAUUUAAGUAGGGGGUCCUGUGCCCUUCAUGUUCGAAGCCAACCUCAACUGAUCUCUAUUCUGAUUCUUGGGACCACGAAUACCCGCCCGGUAAGGUCAAGUCCUAGUCUGGCCGCACUCACCUUGACACCCAGGCUCCUAACGCAAGCAGCGGAGCAGGUGCAUUUCUAUAAGCAACGCUACCUUAAAAGCACGGACUGCUUCUCUGUCCCCAUUAGCCCCUCAUUUGUGCCGCUGGUAACCCUUAAGAACACUGCGGAGGAAGCGGAGGAAUCCCCGUGGACACUGAAGCCACAGCGCCCCCUACAGGGCAGCUCAACAGCGAAGGCUCUCCCCCUCUGGAAAUGAGAUGUCGCUUGACUGAUGCGACAGCCGCCAGCAGCUGUCCUCAGUAAUGACUCUGCCGGGCAGGAGUCUCUGUCUGCUGCGGAAGCCGCUGCCGCAUGUCCCCGGAUGCAGUCCCGUGCUGGGGGCGUCUCCUGCCCAGUGCACAGAUACACGCCCCCUGGGCGGGCAGAGAGGCUGGCACUAAAGGGUGGUGUGAGCACCUUGGCGUUUGUACCGACUAAAAACAGCCCUGCCAGGUGCCCACCGCCACAGGAGCUCCCCAGGCUCCCUUCAAAGGAAGACCCGAGGGCGCCCCUCAGAGGCAGAGGGGGCAAGGGCGCUCUGACUCAGCCUAACUAGUUCUUACAGCCUCUUAGGGGAGGGAAGACCACCCCUCACCAUGGCAUUUUUAGCGCUGUUUUAGAGGAGACCUGGAGUGUUUUCCUGAAGCCCCUCAAGUGACUAAAAGUCAAGCUGACACUACAAACUCCUGGUUAGGGAUUUUAAGAAAAUGCACGCUAGGCAUAUCAACGUACAAACCUCAAGAACUUCCCAGCCAUUUCCUGCCUUUUAAGGAACAGUCUGUCCCUCUGAAACCUCACUUUUAACUUCCCGGGAAGGGUUCCCAUGCAGCCUGGGCUGCCCUCAUCGGGCUCACCUGGCGUGUAACGUGAAGCCCCUGAACACCGACCGCCCUGACCUGCUUCCUCUCCCCUCUCGAUCCUGCCUCUUUCUCACCAUGGGCUGUGACCACAGCGAAACCCAACACCUAUCUGCUCUUUGCUGGUUUCACAUCACAACUUUCAGGGACCUUUCUUUUCUCAGAAGUGUUAUCCCUUUAAGAAAAGCUAUACAACUUCCGGGGCAAGGUCUUGGAAAAACAAAAGCUGUCGCUGCACACUUAAAAAACAAACACGUCCACAGGCCAGUGCUUGGGGCUCAAGGGAAGCUAAGUCCCCGCGAAGCUGCAGCUGUGUCCACAGGGGCUCCACGUGCACCCCCCCAGACAGGGCGGGCCCAUGAGUGUUCCUCCCACAGGACGGGAGGGCCGAGCCCAGCCCAAGCAUCCAGUGCACACCCUACACCUCGAGACACGUUUGUAAAUGCAGCAGAGACAGCCUCAACGGUCAGCCGCACUCCUCCUUUACAAGUGCUAUGGAACAAUCACAAGGUCGCCUCGGAAACUGGGCCGCCAGAAAGAGCUCGACUCAUCGGUGCGGCGGCUGGCGACAGGCACACACGAACCGGACAGGCUGCGGUGAGGGCACAGCAGACCCUGGCUGGCUGGCGGGGAAGCAAACCAUGGCAGGAUGCUCCGAACACCCACAGCAUUCUCUACUCCAAAGACCCAGCCGAUCGUGUGGACACGGGGGCAGGGGAAGGGGCCAGCACCCCCUUCGAGGGCCUGAUCCAGACACGGGGUAGGCAGGUCAAGAUCACCCUCCAUCUGUGCCACUGUGGCAGGGGAGGAGCCUGGAAUCAGUUCUGCUCCUGGAAAUGCUGCCCAUUCCCACCGGCUGACCCUGACACCAAGCAAGGCCCAGGGGCAGGAGCUGGAGGAAUGCCUGUCCCUCUGUCCACACUGACUUCCGGGGUGGGGUGCCUCCUACUGGCACCUCAUUGCAGCCAAGUCCGGGGAGAAGCCAGGGACACUGUUACAACUUUACACAAACGCGCAGGGAUCCUUCCCGGGCUUGGCUCAGGCAACACGGCACGCUAGGUUUUUAGAUCUGCAGAACCAAGCCCGGCGCCUGCAGCACCUUGCACAUCGAGAGCCUACAGCAGUCUAGUUUUUGGUUGGGUUGUUCUGGGGUGCAGGGUGCCAUACCCCAGCAGUAGAGAUGAUGGGGUGAACUGAAUGGAGGACAUGCGGAAACACAAGCUGUAGGGAACGAAAAAGGUGCAGAGGGGCGAGAGGGCGGUGGUUAAUGGCUCUGCAGGGGGCUGGGAGGAGGAAGCACGUAGCAGGGAGAAUAAUACCCGGAUUCAGGUCAAGCGGAGAUGUGAUUAAAGAAAGGACAUGCGAGUGCUUUAAAACAAGGACAGCUUUACACUGGGAAAAGUUACUGGAAAGAAAAACACCCUGCGCUGCCUGUCCCCAGCAAGGGCUCAGCACCCCCAGUUCCUGAGACACCAUGACAUCCCCAAGGGCCCCUCCCUGCUCACAGGAGCUCAGCGUGGGGCUCCAAACCCUUCCACUGUUGUGGUCCUCAGAGGCUGCACACUGAGGGGUAGGACCACUCUCCCACCCUGCACGGCCCGCCUCCCACACCGGCUGCAGGGGUGCCAAUGUUCCCUGGCAGCUCCAAGGAGCCCUGGGCUCUGGCUAACAGCCGGCUGCUGUGUGUCUCUGUGCUCCCGGCCUGCAAUGCCCCCUCUGGGCUGUGCCCUGAGCCGGACCCCCGAGCUCGCUAUCGCUUUUCGCAAGCUCUGCCUGGAGCCUGGGUCCUCCGAGAGCUG